AUUGAGGACAUCAGUAGGUUGCAGUGCGAUAGAAAACAACAGAAGAAGAGCGGCUGGAAGCCUCCGCCCCUCCGUCGCCGCCGCCAACAAUUUCAUAUUCCGCGGCCGGACAGAGCGACAUCCGUGACCGUCAGCCCACAAAAUGAGGGCCCCAGUAGCUGUAAGACUGCAGCUGGUGCUGGCUGUGGUGUCGCUCUGUGGGGCAGCAGUGCCGGACCCUCCCACAGGAGUCGUCGGGGCGCGGAAGUACGCCACGAACCUUCACGACUGCAAUGGUGCAGUGGCGUUCUCCAGUGCAGGCGCGAUUGCCCCUACCAAGGAAGACAACGGGAAGCUGGGUUUUCGCAAAGCGCUCAUUGACAAAGGGAUAGGUUGGAGUCGUGAAUCUGGGGAGUUCACUUGUUUCUGUCCUGGACUGUACCAGUUCGCUUUCGCUGGAAGCGGGAAGACAGCAGUGACAAGAUUUGUCCUGAAGAAGAAAGAGUCGAACAGCAAAGCUUGGACACCAGUCGUGUCGACAGGUGCUGGAGGAGGAGCUAAUGUUGUUCUUUUGAACAUGGAGAUUGGAGAUCAGGCGGCGAUCUGGCUUGAAGACGGAGACCUGAGUCCAGAGGGCGAUACAGCACCAGUAUCCACCUUCAGCGGCGUUCGCAUAGCUAAGAAACAAUAAGCCAUCCCAUCCCUGUCUCAUGCAUACGUAAUUCCUUUGCAAGAAAUGUCUGAAAUCACAGACACAAGAGAGCACAGAUAUCUUCACAUCGUCUGCAUGUCGCCCCUUCGAGAUCAAAAGACUAAAAUGUCAAGUUUCGACUAAAUAUUUCGGAAGAUUCUUAACAGAGAAUUUACAGCUCAUUUUUUGUUUGUUUAGACUGAGUUUACGAAGCUCCGAAGUAAAGGAAUUCGAGAUAUAUCGACACAACAGCUUUGCUAACCUGCUUUUCCUCAAUCUGUGAUAAAAGAAAAUGGCGUAUCAAGAAACAAAAUCGUCAUUCAUUCAUCGUUACUACGUUUUCUUUAUCAUCUAGUCUUAUAUUUUUGCAUUGUGCCAAAAUAAUGCAAAAAAAAAUUUAAACAGUGAUUUUAAACCAAGGGAACAUGGAACAAGUGAUUACAACUUCAUCUGAAUUAACUUCUUCACACUUCUUACCUGUUUCUACACUACAUUUCAUAUCACCAGUCUCCUCAGUGGAAGCCAUUUUAUCUGAACGUUUCAUGUUUCCGUAACAUUUGAUUCCUUCUUCUGUAUUGUGUGCUCUAUUCCAGACUCUGGUAGCUGUUUGCUAGAGUGAUCCAUCGAGAAUGAGUGGUGCACAGCCACAGUAAUAACGGGUUUCAUGUUUGUAUAUGUGGGUUCUCUGUAGUGCUUUAGAAGCCUGUGGACAUAUUUACGACCCCUGACUGGAUAUUAUCCAUGGGUAACGGAUCUUCUUGCAGUCUAUCGCAUUUCCUCUGACGUACGAAGUAUGAAAAUCUUUUAAUCUAUCUCUGUAUUUCAUCACUUUUAUGUUCCUUUUAUUGUGCAAACUUGGAAAUUCUGUAAAAUAAAACAUCUUUUUUUU